UAACAACCACCUCCCUCAGUUCCCCACCACCACUCUCCCCAUUUCCUCUUCACGCUCUCCAUGGCUCCUCUCCACCUCCUCCUCCUCUUCUUCUUCUUCUUCUUCCACCUCCGCCUUCCCUCCUCUCUCUCCCUCACCGAAGACGGCCUCCGCCUGCUGGAGGCGAAGCGCCUUCUGUCCGACCCAAGCGGCGCCCUCUCCGACUGGCAGUCUUCCGACCCCUCCCCCUGCAACUGGACCGGCGUCUCCUGCUCGCCCCCAAGUGCUACUACUGCUGCCUCGACCGCACGGUCUGUCACCUCGCUCGACCUCUCCAACCUCAACCUCUCCGGCCCCUUCCCGCCUCCCUUGUGCCAGCUCCCGAACCUCGCCUCCCUCUCCCUCUCCCUCAACUCCUUCUCCUGCGCCCUCCCCUCCUCCUCCCUCCUCCCCUGCUCCUCCCUCACCCACCUCGACCUCUCCCAGAACGAGUUCACGGGGCCCCUCCCCUCCUCCCUAUCCUCUCUCCCUUCCCUCCUCUACCUCGACCUCUCCGCCAACAACUUCUCCGGCCCCGUCCCCCCCUCCUUCUCUCGCUUCCCUUCCCUCCAAUACCUCUCCCUCGUCGGCAACUUCCUCUCCGGCCCCUUCCCCUCCCACCUCUCCGCCCUCUCGCAGCUCCGCGAGCUCAACCUCUCCUACAACCCCUUCUCCCCCUCCCCCCUCCCGGCCUCCCUCUCCAACCUCACC